GGCAGAGCUCAGUGCGUGAACCAGUGGUCCAGACCUAUUUCCCAGCAGCCAAGCAGGUCAGGUAGCCUUAAUGCAUCACCAGACACCAACUCAGCAGAUAAGGCAGUGACGGGAGUGGAAAGGUGUCCUUCCAUGUUGCUCUCUGAUAAACAUGGUAUCACCAUCACCUCCGACUAUCCUUUUGAGAACGGCAAACUUGUCCUGUGUGUGAAAAACACAUAUGAGUAUACAGUCAAGCUGAAUGUGGAAAACACAGGAGAUCAGCCUUUGUAUUUUACUUACUACACACCACUGCACUGGCUUAGGUGCUUAACUCUACGUGAUGAAAAAAGGGUGACCAGACUGCAACCCCUACUUCUAAAUCCAGGUGACAGCUAUGAAGUCGAGGUCAGUUUCCAAUGUAGUCUGGUUGGGUUUUUUCCAGCUACACUGGCAUUUGAAUUCAAACCAGACUUGGAGCCAACCACUGCUGCCUUCCAUAUUGUGCGGAUCAUCGAGGCUAUGUGCAUAACGGAAUUAGGAGUGGAGCUGUUGCCUGAAGCGCCCUUCAAGCCUCGCUCCCUCCGUCCCUCGAUCCCCGAAAAUUAUUGCAAGAUUGUGGAUGGGCAGCGACCUGAGGGACUCGAUGUGAUGCAACUAAAAUACGUGGUCCGGUUAGAACCGUACCCAAUACCACGAUACAUGAACGACCUCAUCCAGCUGCUGAAAAAACCUUCUACUUCGAAUGAGAAAAGACGGUUGUUGGAGAGUCCUUUCUGUUGGGAGAAUUAUACAGAAAAGUUCCAGGUGUUGCUGUAUCUGGAGGAACGUCAGAUGGAGUGUGAUAUCAGAAGAUACAACAUUCCCAAUGAAGACAGAGAAUAUGCAGUGCUAAAAAGAGACACAAACAACCGGAAGCUUCUUGUUUUAGAGGUACCUGGUGUCUCUGAGAACCGACCCUCUGUGCUGCGGGGGGAUUCGCUGCUUAUGUACCCGCAGGGAGAAAAGGGGGUGAAAUACCGUGGAUAUGUUCAUGGUGUGCAGCUGGACAGCAUCAGACUGGGCUUUUGCCAAAAAUUUCUAGAUCUAUAUGUCAAAGACUUCAGCUUUAUUGAAGGAAUAAAGUUCAAUGUUGAGUUUACCAUCAAUCGUCUACUUGUGCAUCUCCAGCACAGAGCUGCAGAACUUGCAAGGAGCCAUAAACUGAGGAGUGUGUUGUUUCCUGUUGAACCCACUUUCUCAUGUGGAAAACCUGACCUCCCCAAACUCAAACUGUUUGAUUACCAGCUGGAGAAAAACCCUGAGCAGUAUCAAGCUGUUCAGCACAUUGUAGCUGGGUCAUCCAGACCUGCUCCCUAUCUUGUGUUUGGUCCACCGGGAACAGGAGCUUCCCUCUUGGAGCGCUUGAUGACUGAUUUCCCGCUGUACCAAAAGAAUGAGGGUGUCUACAACAACCUCUAUGUGACAAAAUUACUGCGUAACUAUAGGUCUCAUCCUGCCAUUCUCAAGAUUCCCAAUGAGCUUUUCUAUGAUGGAGAACUUCAGGCUUGUGCUGAAGAAUAUUCACGCAAGUUGUACUGCAAUUGGGAACACCUUCCAAAGCAGGGCUUCCCAGUGAUCUUCCAUGGGGUUAAAGGUCUUGAAACCCGCGAGUCCAGCAGCCCCUCAUUCUUUAAUGUCGGUUCAGUCGAGGAGUUUCAAGGACAAGAGAGGAGAGUAAUCCUGGUGUCCACAGUUAGAAGCAGUCCCAGAUACUUUGAUAUUGACAAAAACUUCAGCCUGGGCUUUGUCAAGAAUGAGAAGAGAUUCAACGUGGCUGUGACUCGAGCCAAAGCUCUGCUGAUCGUGGUGGGAAACCCCCUGGUAUUGAAUGCAGAUUCUACCUGGGCCCGCUUUAUCAAGUACUGCAAAGAUGAAGAAGGCUCUGAGGGCUUGACCUAUACUGAGGAAGAUAAGAAGUUGACACUGCUGAGAGUGUUGUUCAACAACAACUGGAACCUGAAUGGAGGAACGAUAUCGGAGUCGCAAGGAGUGCUGGUGCUCAUCUCCAGCUGUCUACAGGCUUCCUCCCAGGGUUACAUGCCUGGAUCGGGGGGGCCAUCCAAUAAAGAUGCCCGAGUCACCUCAGCUGACUCUUCUAUAUGUGGACGAGAAGCGGCUCUACUGAGCUCCUCACCCUCUAAGGGAUUGCCCAGACAUCCUGAGGAGAAAAAGCUAAUUUCAGCCGCUUGUUAUCAGGAGAAGAAAGCAGUGACGAAAUCUGCUGGACCCUGA